AUUUUUUUGUUUAUUAUUAUUUUGUUUAUGUUUACGUGAUUUAAUUUUGUCUCGGUCUCGCUGCGUGAUCACUUCGAAGCUAUUUAGAUUUUUUUACUCGAGUCUGAAUAAAGCGGUGUUUCAUAAAAUAUUUUCCCAUACAAAAUGCCUACACAGAAAAAGAAAUUGAAGAAAGUUAAACCUGAUCCAUUGGCAACUACGGUAGUUCCGGUCCAAAUCAAAGCCGAACCGCUCGAUAUCAAGCCGCUGAGUGCGUUCGUCGAAGAUCGAGUGGAACUUAUCAGACAAGCGUUUUCUUGCCUGAAACCGAAGGAGGUGAAAUGUCUGGUUCCAGAUUUUCUUCAGGGCAAAUCGAUCGAAUCGCUCCAGGAAAGUUGUCUGGAUGAAUUGCUCGGAAUAUCAACAAAACGACUGCUGGCGAUUUUAAACAAUACAAAAUGUCCCACGGAUACCGAAUCGUCGUCGGAUGAAGAUGAGAAAAUUGUCGAACAUAUAUCUUUGGAUGAAAUUUCAUCGGAUUCGGACGUAGAAAUUGCUAAACCAAUAGCAAAGAAGGUUAAGUCGAAAGAUGUGAAGUCCAAAAAAGUCAAAGAACCAGAGGUCAAAAAUGUGAAGUUGAUUAGCGACAAACCAAAUAAAAAUGGUGACAAGAAAAGUGAAAAGGAGAUGACUGUAUUGGAGCUAUUGGAGCUGCAAGCACGUGCUAGAGCUAUUCGUUCACAGUUGGCUCUAGAACCAGUAACAAAAAUUGAAUUAGACUCAGACCAGGAUGGAGAUAACGUGUCUGAUCCAGGGAAGAUAAUAGAACAGCUAAAUAGUGGAAAUACAAAGGCGGUGGGGAAUAACAACACAAAAAAAUCACCCCCGAAAGAACAGUCAAAGCGAGUGCGAUUGAAAAGAAACUUCCGCAUUCGCCAAGUAGGUGAUGAAGAUUUUCCUGAAGAAGUGUCGCAAAGCUCAAUCCCUGAACCACAACCAGAGCGUAAAUCUAGAAGUCAAUCUAAGGAAAAGGAAGAGGAGAUAAAACCAUUGGUUCACCAGCAAACAAAACAAGAUGAGGAAACAAAAGAAUCAAAAAGCAGAGAUAGCUCGCCUGAAGUUAUUCCUGUAAUACCCAGUCCUGAAACACUUUGCAUAUCCUCCGAUUCUGAAGACGAGAAAGCGAGAAAAGUUAAAUCUUCAAUUUUUGUCGAUAACAUUGAAGAGUUGGAAAAACAAAUAAAAGAGAAACAAGCGCAAUCUUCUCUUACGAAAUCAGAUCACAAAGAUGAACCGGAGGAAGGGGAAUUGACCGAAGAGGACAAAUCGCCAAAACGAUGCAGAAAGGACUCUGUGAAGUCAAAUGCGGCAAAUAAUGAAAAAACUCCUAUAGAAUCCCCUAAGGAGAUGAAAGGUUUAGAUCUGGAGGAAGAACUCGAUUACGAAGUGCGAGAAGUUUCGGAUUCAGAACCAGACGCUAGUAAUCCAGGGAAUAACGAUUCAACUAAAACCGAAACAGAAGGCGUUGGAAAUGAGCCACGUGAAGAAAACGACAGCGGCGAAAGUGAACCCGAAUGCGAUAGCACAGAUGAUGACACUAAGAAUAAAUCCUCUAGCGAGGCGGAUGACGAUCACGAUCCCGAUAUCGUCGAAAUACAUGACUCCAGUGAUGAAACGUUGCUGGAACAAAAGCUGGCUGAAGACGAAACGGAAAAAUCGUGGGGUUCGCGUUGGCUGGAAAGCAAACGUGUUGCAAAGGUGAUGGCCGCAUCGAGAUUGGGUAAUAAGGUACGCGACAAGCUCAAAAAGAAGAAACAAAAGGAGCAGAAACAGCAGGAGCUUGAAAAGGAAGCCUCGAAAGAGCAAUCUCCAGAACCGCCGAAGGAACCAGAAAUUGCACCUAACGUUGAGGUGGGGUCAGUUGAACAUUACAAAGAAUUGGUGGCAAAUGCUGGGGCAUCUGUGUCAAAGGAAAAAGAUAGAGCAGAUGCAGUCGCCAAUAAUGCUGAAUAGACGGGGAUCGAAGCCCUGAUAUGAUUAUCAAGUGGAAACUUUUCAAUCUUUGCGGACAGCUAAUUGUCGGAAAAGAAUUAGGUUUGCGAGAAAAUGUCGAUGGAUGAGUUCGAUUGAAGCUCAUGAAGUAAUCGCUGGCCCUCUAAAUUAAAUCCCCGGGAAAAUACGUGAUGGUUCCAAGAAGUGCCGGAAGCAUUAAGUGAGGAGGUUAUUUUAAUUAUUUCUACGAAAUGUGCCAGCUGAAUUUUUGAAGCCUGUUCCCGCAGAGAGAAUGCUCUCGCGGUGCGGAACUCUUGGCGGUACUGCCAUUGAAAGAUGUAUUUAUUUAUUAUUGGUGAAAUAAAACGAUUUUAUUUAAUGUAAA